CCUUCCUUCCCCUCCCUCUCCCCCACCCCGCCCCUUUCUACUCUAACCUUUAGCUUUUCCUCACUCCCUCCCUCCCUCCGUUCCUCUAACAAGAGCCGCUAGUGUCCUAGCCCAAUUCAGAUCCUUAGCUGCAGCUGGUUUUAGUUGCUUCCCCUCUGGUGCUGAGGUAGAAGAAGAAGGAGGAGGAGGUAGCAGCAUCGCCAUGAGCCCGCCGAGUGUGAUGGGGCAGUUCGGGGACACGACCUACACCAAGGUGUUCGUGGGCGGGCUGGCGUGGGAGACCCAGAAGGAGACCAUGAGGAAGUACUUCGAGCAGUUCGGGGAGAUCCUCGAGGCCGUCGUCAUCACCGACAAGAACACCGGCAGAUCCAAGGGCUACGGAUUUGUUACCUUCCGGGACCCGGAAUCGGCCAUGAGGUCUUGCGUCGACCCCGCGCCGGUGAUCGACGGGAGGAGGGCCAACUGCAACCUGGCUUCCCUUGGGGUGCAGAGAUCCAGGCCUCCAACCCCGCAGCACGGAGGCGCUAGGAGCUUUCGAGUGAUGAAGUCCUUUGGGCAGCAGCAGGCUGCGGCGGGGAUCCAAGGUGCGCUGGGCGCAGCUUUUCCUUCGCAGGCCACCUUCCCUCAUUAUGCCAUCCCACAAGGCCUCCCUUACCAUGUCUAUGGGUAUUCUCCCUAUUCUCCAGACUACGGUUAUCCUGCAAACUACUACAACAUCUAUGGAGGAAACCAGUACCCGUUUUACGGAGGAGCAGGAACUGGCAUGGUGACCGGAACCAGUCCCUUCUAUCCAUACUUCCAGUUUGGGCAGUCCGGAAGCACUACGCCCAACUAUGCAACUGGACAGGGCUACAACAUGCAAUUCCCACAGAUGUUUCCCUUCUCAACUGUGGCUUCUACAGCUGCUGCUGUAACUGGCUUUGCACAGCAAUAUGGAGGGCCAUUGUCACUUGCAGCCAGUCCUCAAGCCCAAGCAGUGUGUAUCCCCAUUAAACAGGCAUGACUAUGGCUCUCACAGCACCAACCUUGCCAAGUCCAACUCAGGCUGCUCAUCCUUACCGGCUCGUCCCCUCGCACUUUGCUGUGUCUGCUGCUCCAGAGCAAUCCUUGGCCUAACCAUGGUCUCCAUCCUCAUCGUCACCGUCUCUUUUUUAUUUCCUAUGUGUUAGUCCAUGCAUCCAUCUCUAACACCAAAGGGUGUCACCAAUGUUGAUCCCAUGUGGAUCACGUAAGUGCCCCUCUCUCCAUAUCCCACAUGGUUAUGUGAUGAUUGGAGACCAGCUUGAGCCCCAGGAUGGGCUCAAAGCUUGAUGCCCCAAGGAAGGGGAUGUACUAACAGUCGGGCGCAAACCAGCCGUUUAACCAGUCCAAGGAAGGACUUCAUCCAAGAGAGUUAAUUUGAGCCCUAGCAAGAGAUGGCUACAGUAAAAGGCAACCCUAACAAUCAAGCAUGACCCCAGGGAGGGUUCAUGCUGAUACAAUCCAAAUUGGACAAAACUGACAUGUAGACAACCAAUUGAGCUAGCAUGCCACUCCAAAACUUCAUCAGUGGAAUUCAUACUGUAUUUAGCUUAGGCCAAGUGCUUCUGGCUGAAGCAUGAGGCAUUUAGCAGAUCCUAAUAUUCUAUUCAUGGGUGUUAUCUAGAGCAAAUAAAAUUUGACAUCUGACCAGUCUAUAACUUCAUUUCCACACAUACUCACACCCCCCCCCCUCCCAUCACCACCAGCAACUUCACAACAACAUCCUGUGAUAACUUCUUGUGUAACCAACCACUCUAACUUUUCUAUGCACUGAGUAGAUGCACCAACUAACAGUUCUUUAUCCUUCAGUUUAUAGCUUUGCAUCUAGGUGGCUCAGGCUCUAAGGAGAGCCUGUGCCCCUCAUCAGAGACAGGUUCAGGAGUGCUAAUGUUAGUUUUUGGCACUUGGCACUACCUCCUGCCAUUUGUAACACAGUGAUGGGACUCCAAAGAAGGCUUUGGAGAUACCAAAGCACUGCUGUGCAACUCAAUAACCCCAAUGGACCCAGGCAUAUUUUUAUUGUCUUGGGUCACCCACUCAUCUAGAUGUUCAUCUUCCCCAAUGUCAUUACCAUGGUUAGGUCCAGGACCCACUCUCUUUCUCUCUCUGGGCAGAGAGGCUUUGAUGCUUUUUAAUGUAAUAUUAUCGGUCACAGUGAUUGUAAUAAUAAAGUAGUACUAUGCCACUUCUAGGGCAGGAACUCUUUACUGUUUUAUCAGUCGGAUCUAGCUAAAUAUUCUGUCAACCUAUAAUCAGUACCUUCUCUAUCGACAUGGUAGCUCGCCAUAUAAUGCAAUGUAAAAUCUACCUGUUCUGUUGCACAUUUUCUAUUCAAUGUUCUUUUAUCUAA